GCCCCUACCCACCUCACCUCUCUUCUUCCUCACUAUUUCUUUCUUUUUCCCAAUUUUCUCUGUUCUCCUUCGUUUUUCCUUCUUCUUCCCUGUUCGUAUUCAUCUCUUUUUUUCUUCUCCUUUCCCCCUCCUCUUCUUUCUCCCCUCUGCGGCUGCUGCUCUAGCCGGUGGUGAAGUGUAUUGGGUUUGUUUUUAACAUCUUUUCCCAUCGUCUCUUGCCCAUCUUCCUUUUUUCUUGUUCUGCCCCCGCUGAUACUCCCACCGGUGAUCGCCUUCGCUGUCGUUUCACUCUUCUUUAGCCCGCCGGGACGUUGGCUUCACUGUCACCUCAUCACGUAGUUUGUGUGUUGAGCAUUUGCGUGAGGUCAGAGAAGUGGUUGAGUUGCAUCUGUUCAAAAUUGCAAAAUGUGCUGAGCUUGGUAUUUCUUGCUGCUGUUGGGACGUUUUAGUUGCAGUUCUUGGGUUCUUUUGGGUCUUUACUUUCUCCGUCCUCCAUUCAAAUUUGAUUUUGAGAAUCUUCACACGUACCCAGAAGAAAAAUCUAUUAUGGGUUAUGCACAAUUAGUCAUUGGCCCUGCUGGCAGUGGAAAGUCUACUUACUGUUCUAAUUUGUAUAAGCAUUGUGAAACUGUUGGCCGAAUGAUUCACAUUGUGAACUUGGAUCCUGCUGCUGAAGAUUUUGAUUAUCCUGUAGCUAUUGAUAUUAGGGAAUUCAUUUCGCUAGAAGAAGUCAUGGAGGAGCUGGGAUUGGGUCCAAAUGGUGGCCUUCUUUAUUGUAUGGAGCAGCUGGAAGACAAUUUGGAUGACUGGCUGACUACAGAGUUGGAUAAUUACUUGGAUGAUGAUUAUUUAGUUUUUGACUGCCCAGGCCAGAUAGAACUCUUCUCUCAUGUGCCUGUUCUUAAGAACUUUGUGGAGCAUUUAAACAGGAAAAGUUUCAAUGUAUGUGCUGUAUACUUGCUUGAUUCACAGUUUAUAACAGAUGUGACCAAGUUUAUAAGUGGUUGUAUGGCUUCACUCUCUGCCAUGGUUCAACUGGAGCUACCCCAUGUUAAUAUUCUCUCUAAGAUGGACCUUGUGACAAACAAGAGGGACCUUGAAAAUUACUUAAAUCCAGAGCCUCGGACACUGUUGGCUGAGUUAAAUCAGCGCAUGGCUCCACAAUUUGGGAAACUGAACAAAGCUUUAAUUGAAUUGGUGGAUCAGUACAGUAUGGUGAGCUUCUUGCCUCUCGACUUGAGAAAAGAGAGCAGCAUUCAGUACAUUCUGUCGCAGAUUGACAGCUGCAUUCAGUAUGGAGAAGAUGCUGAUGUGAAGGUUAAGGAUUUCGACCCCGAGGAUGAUUGAAGUCUUCAUGUUUCUUGUACAGCAUCGGAGUGAUGCUUCUUAACUGAUCAUUGUUCUACUUCUGCCGGUGUCGUCUGCCAUUCAUUGGUUGUUCUGGCUGAUCCAGAGAAGAUUUGAUAUCCUUGGCAAUGUUACAUUUUAUUUUUCUAACGGAUGAGGAAACACAAGUUUUAUAGCCUCCAAUUAUUUUGGCUUCUGAGUACAAUCUAUAUAUAUAUAUAUAUAUUUAAGAUAUGAAAA